CGGAAGCUCUCCAGAGCCGGGGCGGAGCUUGGCGCUGCGCGAGCGGCUGGGUAGGCGCGGUGUGGCGGCGGUGUGGAGACUCCUGACUGAGGCAUAGUGUCCCGUGUCUCACGUCCGUGGGCCUCAGGCCUUAAGCAGACUCCGUAGGAGGCCCCGGUCGGCCUAGGUAGCGUCAGCCCGGCCCUUGGCGCCGCUGGCGGAAAGUGCUUUGCGGGGUGAGAGGCGGCGGCGGGAACUGCUCAGCCCCCUGGACCUUCCCGGUGAGGGACGGAAAGCUCCUCAGGGGUCUUGAUUCACCGAGUGACUUUGAGCUCCGAGCGGCGCGUGGCUUGUGAUCGGGCCGCGCUCGGCUGUCCAGGUACAGCCCGGCCUCUCCCUCAGUCCAGCUUCUCUUCAGAGGCCCGUGAGGAACUCGGUGAGAGUUUCAGUGGAUGGCGCUGUUUCUAUUCCAGCCCGUGUGUGUGCCAAAGGUCUCGGUGUGAUUCCAGGACCAGAAUAUUGCAUGUCAGCCAGCCAGCUGUACACUUAGCGGCUCCUAAACUCUCAUGGACCUCUGAAGAAGCACCAUGGUGGUUGUGAUCCCCAGGCUGCUGCGAGGCUCUCUGGGCGCCAUCUGCACUCAGGCGGCUCCGCUGAGAUCAACACCCAGCGCGUUGCGCCACCUCACUCGGAGCAGUGUAAUGAAAUCCAAAAGGAGACCUGACCACUUGGAGAGAACUGCAGAUGUCGUUCGCCAGGAGGUCGUUUCAGCAGCCAAGGUGUGUGGAGUGGCUAGCGAGUCCCCAUCGGUGAAGAGGCUCCGCCUGCUCGUCGCCGAUAAAGACUUUUCUUUUAAGGCUGGCCAGUGGGUUGACUUUUUUAUCCCAGGAGUCUCUGUGGUUGGUGGGUUCUCAAUAUGCUCCAGCCCUAGGCUGCUGGAACAAGAGAGAAUGAUAGAACUGGCAGUGAAACAUGCAAACCACCCUCCUGCUCUCUGGAUCCACAAUCAGUGCACCCUGGACUCUGAGGUGGCUGUGAGAGUCGGGGGGGAGUUCUUCUUCGACCCGCAGCCCACGGACGCCUCCAGAAACCUCGUGUUGAUCGCGGGAGGCGUUGGGAUUAACCCCCUGCUUUCCAUCCUGCGGCACGCGGCCGACCUCCUCAGAGAGCGGGCAGGCAAGGGACAGGGGUAUGAGAUGGGGACAGUCAGACUGCUCUACAGCGCGAAAGACACCAGCGAGCUCCUGUUCAAGAAAAAUAUCCUCGAUCUAGUAAAUGAAUUUCCUGAGAAGAUUGCCUGCAGUUUGCAUGUUACAAAACAGACGACACAGAUCACUGCAGACCUCAGACCGUACAUCACGGAAGGAAGAAUAACGCAGAAGGAGAUAAGAGAUCACAUUUCGAAAGAGACCUUGUUCUACAUUUGUGGUCCACCUCCCAUGACAGACUUCUUCUCCAAGGAGCUGGAGAGCAGCUGCGUCCCCAGAGAGCACAUCUGCUUUGAGAAGUGGUGGUAGCGGCAGGCGGGGCCGGGAGGAGGAGACAGAUGAGGCCCGCGAGGCUCAUACACAGGGCGCUCUGUGGUUCGGCCCGUGAUUUUCCUCUGCCCACUCUCUUUUUAAGGCUGUGGACUCUGCCCAAUUGGAGAAACAAGUAAAAUCAUCUGACAGCUAAAUGAUAAACUUGUUGCAAAAACUUCAUUAAUUUAACUGAUUUUUACUACAUUGACUUUCUCUUAUGAAUAACUGAUUAUUUCAUGGUGUACCUUGAAUUGGUCAAUACAUAUUUUCUCUCAAGGGAAAAAAGACACAUCCUUCACCCAUAUGAAACUACUGUUUUGUGUGUGAAAUGCAGGCUCUUUAAAUUAUUUGACAGCCACCUGUGUAUCUUUUGUUGAAUAAACAUAAAUUUAAGAUCA